GCUACUAAUAAAUAAUGUCGAAAAUAAACACGGCCAAAAUCGCCAACCAGUCAAUGGUCAAACAGGUGGAGUGCGCCGUAUGUAUGGACGUGUACACCGACCCCGUGGUGACGGAGUGCGGGCAUACCUUUUGCCGCCACUGUAUUAGCCUAUGCAUGGACUCCAACCCCGUGUGUCCGCAGUGUCGCAAAGAUUUCAUUACUAGGAAACUGACAGUUAAUUUCAGUAUUAAGUCGAUCAUUGAGACGGGUCUCGAGUUUAGGUGCGAUUAUGACUGGAAUGGGUGUAAGGAGUUGCUGUCACUGGAUCAGCUACCCGGCCAUCAUAGGAAGUGUAGGUUUAGGUACUGUGGGAGGUGUAGGGUUGAUGUGAGCCGUACUGGUGGUGAUCACAAGUGUAAGGAUCUGUCGAAACCGGCGGUGAAUACUAAUGUCAAUGCAGUCAAGACUGACCAGGAUCAUAAGGGUGAGGGUCUGUCGACAGUGGUGGGCAAACAUAACAGGUCAGAGACUACCGGCGCUCGUAAGCACAUACCACGACGGUGUCGCUACUGGCCUACUUGUCGCAAGGGUGACCAGUGUAACUUUCAUCACCCGGAUCAGUGUUGUUUCCAAUACGCCAAAUCCGGAAGCUGUCGUUUCGUGGCGCUCUGUUGUUUCCAAUACGCCAAAUCCGGAAGCUGUCGUUUCGGGAAAGACUGCAAAUAUAUUCAUCCGAUUUGUGAGGCGGGCCUUAAAUGCAGUAAAAGGGGUUGUGUUUUGACUCACGCCGAGGGAACGGUAGCCCAAAAGAUUGCUGAGGACAUGGAGGUUCAGAAAGCAAAGCCUAAGCCUAUUAAUGAGCGCAAAGGCAAUAGACGUCCAAACAAUAGGAUUCAUACGAAAAGUACUGCAAUUCAGCCCAAAGUGGACACCACAGCUACUAGUAAUGUAGUUACUGGACCUGGGUCAAGUGGUACGGCGAGUGCCAGUGUGACUCCCGGGCCAAGUGUAGCGCAAAGCAAUGCCAAUGAUAACGAUUCGGACGUUGAGUUGCAAUUAGCGUUGGAAAUGAGUUUACGGGACUCUCUCAGUGGGAACGGGAGGGUAAACCUCACUCAGCCGUCAGUUGGCGCACAAUCAACGGCUCGUACUCGACCCGUUCCCGUCCCUCGGGCUAGUGAUCCGGCUGUUUUUAAAUGUGCCUACUCGCGGUACGGCUGUCCGAACACAUUUAUCGUUUCAUUAGCGCGUGCUGACCACAUGGAGAUCUGCCAAUACAACCCGGCUAACAAGCCACGAGUAGCGGGUACACCGCGGCUGAGCGCCCUACCCGUCCGGGACUCGAACCCACGUUCACCUAUUGAGAGGGUUUUGUGUGAAUACGCGUGGAAUGGCUGUAAUGAGCGGCUGUAUAGGGAUGAGAUGACCCGGCAUAUGACCAGGUGCCUCUAUAAGCCCCCCACAUAUGCAAAUCAUCCGAUCCUGGGUAGAGUUCCCGUUAAGCCUAAGAAAACGGAUAAAAAUUGUGUUUUGAGUUAAAUACGAAAUAUUAUAAACUGUUUGAAUUGAAUAUUGAAUAGAAAUUGUUCUGGAUUACAUGAACUAUACUGACAUUUC